AUGGAAUUAAUAUGGCAAGCCAAUACUCCGCAAUGGCGGAGUAGAACCCGAGCUGUUCGGGCUUGUCCAGCCUGUCACCGUCGAAAGCUUACGCAGAAGCGGUGCCGACACCUGGCUCCAUUUUCCGAAUUGGCCGAAGAUCACACCGAGCCAACAUUGAAAGCGAGAAAACCGUCUGUGAAUACAAGCGCUUCUCCUAAUUUAACUGAGCAUUCACCGGAUCCCGCCGCUCAGAGAGCUUCAUUGGCAGGUCCGAACUUACAAUCGUUUCCAGGAACUGGGCGAUUUGUAGGGGACUUAAAUCCGGAAGCAUUCAUUCGCGAAAGACUAGAUGAACCAUCUAGUAAUCCUUUAAGAGACCGAAUUGGGCUUUGGAUCUCUUCACCAACACAGGGGGAUCGCGAUCAUCAUCUGCGGAGUUCGCGUCGCACUGCUGAUCAUGAAGCUUCACCCGCAGUACCACCAUCAUCAACUCCAAAUCCACAGGCAGUGGAGAAGCUAUUAAAUCGAAGAUAUGCAUCAGCAAUGCAAUCAUGUCACAGACUUCCUACCAGGACAAGAGAAGCUCUGACGGGUAUCUAUUUUUCCAAAAUCAAUCACAUCAUUCCUCUUCUGGAGAUGAGCACGUGUGUCAAUGCUCAGGCUGAGGGAUCUAUUUCUAUGUCUCUUGAAAGGUCAAUCUGCCUUGUGGCGGCUAAAGAUAUUGAGGCAGGUCCUCAUCUCCGCUUGGUAGAAGAAGGACCGAUUGUAUCAACACGACAAUUCUGCACCGACAUAUACAAUGGGCUCACCGUCGCCAUGGAUGCGGGACUUGAAUCUGAUCGGUUAAAUCGGAUUCGUAUUCUUUCAUUAAUGUCUUUACAUUGCGAAGGGCAUGAAGGCGCAGAGGCUGCCUCCUUACAUCUCUGUCAGGCCAUCCACCAGGCCCAAACAAUUGGGUUACAUCUUGACCGACCUCUGGCAGAUGCAAUAUCUGAAGAUCCCUUGACCAAGUUAUUUUGGGGUCUAUGGACAUUAGACAAGGUGCAUGCAAGCAUUGGGGGCCGUCCGGUUCUACUGGCUGACCGCGAUAUUGGAAUUCAAAAACCAAAUUUUCGUGUUUCGGGAGCGUUUGGUGUGUGGCUCGCCAUCUCGGACUUACUUGCAACUGUGAUAUCGUAUUAUCGACCCUCUGCCGGGUCUAUCAGUGGAUGGGAAGAGGGGUUUCCUGCAUUUGAAGAUAUUGUAGGAGAUGAUCACGGGGACUUGGAUUUCCCGACACUAGGUCUUCUAGAACUAUACUACCACUGUGUAGCUAUCUUAUCAUGUCGGGAUAAAUUGACCGAGGGGCAUGAUGGUACCAAACUUUCCUCUAUUCGACAAGGCCUUGCAGCAGUUCGAAUCCAGUCUAUUGUUGCAUCCGAAUGUUCCGGUCAAUUGCCACCUCUCCCCAUUGUUCCAUAUGCAAUCGCCCUGUCGAUGGGUGUAUCAUAUCGACAGCUCCGUUUCAGCAAGCUGAUCACACAUUCCAAUCGGGCCAAAGCCAGUCUUGAAGUAUGCUGUUCUUUGUUAGAAGAUCUUAGCCCGCAAUGGUCCUCCGCCGAAGCGAUGGCACGUUUAGGUCAAAAAGCCCUGCAACAAUUUGACCAAGGGUCACGACAAGGACCAAGGAUCUUAUCUGCACAAGGUCAAGAAACUCCGGUGGCGGAUCCCGUUAAGUCCUUUGGGGAUCACGAUCCCGCACAGGCGAAUCAGGAUGAAUCUGGUAGAUCAGUGGGUACUGAUACCGACAUUUCGCAAACCAGUCUUCCACCCAUAUCAGAUUUUGAUACUCAUGGAUUUUCUGAUAUCGAUACACUUUUUGGGGAAUUUCUAGAUUUAUCUCUUCCCACAAAUUUUUGGGAUCCGAUUUUUGCAGAGACAGAUUCGGAAUCAAGAGAAGUAUAG